ACAUUCCAUUUUCAACUCUAGCACGCAGGGACACAUCCCUCUCUCUCGCUCACUCUCUCUCUCUUUCUCAUUUGCUCUAUCUUGCUUUUUUCAUGCUGUUGUCUCUGUGAUCAGUUGAACUUUAGACACAGUGGUAAGGGGAGCAGUGUCUGUGGACUGGUUGGAGCGAGUCGGAUUCUCUCAGUGACUGGAGUUUUGUUAGUUUUGUCAUCCGACCCAGCAAGAGGGUUGCUCGUGCAUAUGUUUGAGGACCAUUGGGAGGAUAAUCAACCGACGGAGUCAUUCUUCUCGUGAAUGUGUUUUUCUCAUGUGCACAAGUUUUGCCUUCAGUAUUAAAAGACUUAUGGCUCAAAGUCCACCUCGGCGUCACAUCCUGCAAUUGUCAUCUUGUGGGCGGAGGAGAGUGAGGAGCUCUUGAGAGAACACCGGAGGAGCCAGGCAUCAAAAGUUGACUGGGCUUCUAAAGUUCGCCGGAGGGCAUCCGUGAGGACCAUGUGCGCUGCCGUUCUGGAGGAAUACUGUGGUUCUGUCUUCUGGAAUUCUUCAUAUUUAGAGAAAGAAGAUCCAGAUCUGCCAGUAUGUGUGGAGCAGACAGUACUGGUGUGGAUCCCACUGGGCUUCCUGUGGAUCUGUGCUCCGUGGCACCUGCUGGGUCUCUGCAGGAGAACAAAGGACACAAGAUACAUGUCCAAACUCUACAUCUGCAAACAGGUUGUUGCUUCGCUGCUGUUCCUGACUGCCAUAGCAGGCUUGGCCAUCACUUUGGGAGAGGACUUUGGUCCGAGCCAAGACACACCUCCGUCAGAAAAGAAUCAUGCUGUGUACUACGCCAACCCCAUCAUUUAUGCUGUGUCAUGGGUCAUGGUGAUACUGUGUCAAGAAGGGUUAAGACGAAGUGGAUCAAUAGAUUCCGCCACUCUCUUCCUCUUUUGGUUCCUUGUGGUUCUGUGUGAUGUUUUCCAUCUGCAGACCAACAUACGAGCAGCACUCAGGCAGGGAGAGAUUGAUGACCUUCCUCGAUUCUGCCUUGUCUGCAUCUCAUUUGGCCUGGAAGUCAUAGCACUCAUCGUCUCAGGUUUGGCGGACAUCUCUCCAGAAACCAGAGAAGUUGUGAAAAAGAAUCCAGAGGCAGGUGCACCAUUUUUGAACAGAAUCACAUUCAACUGGUUUAAUAGUAUGGCAUUCAAAGGGUACAGGCAGCCCUUGGUUCAGGAAGACAUGUGGUCCCUGAAUGAGGAGGACACCACAGGUUACAUCAGCCAGCACUUUCAACACAUCAUGCAGACCGAGUUUGCCGCAGCUCGGCAUCGCUACCAGAACAAAAUGGCCAAAAAACAAAACGAGAAAUCCCAUAAUGAAACGUUACAAAAUGGACUCGCCAGUGGCCUGGUGAAAGGCGUUAGUCAGGACGUCUUGUUGAUGGAGGAAAGAGGCAAGAAAGACAAAAAAGAAAAGAAAAGCAAGAAAAAGAAAGAAGAAGAAACCUAUCCCACCUCAUGGCUCAUACCCACUAUUUACAAGACAUUUAAAGGAAUUUUACUCGAGUCGGCCCUCUUCAAACUUCUGCAAGACCUUUUCUCUUUUGUCAGUCCUCAGCUGCUAAAGUUGAUGAUCACUUUCACUCAAGACAAAAGCAUCCAUGCAUGGGAAGGUUAUCUUUAUGCAGUGUUGCUUCUGGUGGUGGCCCUUCUGCAGUCUCUCUUUCUGCAGCAGUACUUCCAGCGUUGCUUUGUGCUCGGAAUGAAGGUCCGGACUGCUAUUAUGGCUGCUGUUUACAAAAAGGCACUGGUGGUGUCUAAUGACACGCGUAAAGAGUCCACGGUCGGCGAAACAGUGAACCUGAUGUCUGCCGAUGCCCAGCGCUUCAAUGACGUGACGAACUUUAUCCACCUGCUGUGGUCCUGCCCCCUGCAGAUCGCCCUGUCCAUUGUGUUCCUUUGGCAGGAGCUCGGACCUUCUGUGUUGGCUGGACUUUUAGUCAUGAUUCUCAUGGUGCCAAUUAAUGGACUUCUGGCCAACAAGGCCAGAAAAUUCCAGAUUGAGAACAUGAAAUUCAAAGACAAGAGAUUGAAAAUAAUGAAUGAAAUUCUCAACGGCAUGAAGAUUCUAAAGCUGUAUGCAUGGGAGCCAUCAUUCCAAGCUCAGGUUCAAGGCAUCAGAGGCCAAGAACUCAACGUCAUGAAGAAGUUUGCUUACCUCACAUCUGUCUCCACAUUCAUUUUCAGCAGUGCUCCAGCUGUGGUGUCUUUGGCCACCUUUGGCGUGUUUGUGGCCGUGAGUUCUGACAACGUGUUGACCGCUGAAAAAGCCUUCACUUCUAUCUCUCUCUUCAACCUCCUUCGAUUCCCUCUGGCCAUGCUACCCAUGCUCAUCGCUGGCCUUGUGCAAACGACGGUGUCCAGAAAGCGUCUUGAAAAGUUUUUGGGAGGCGAAGACCUUGAAAGUGAUGUAGUGCGCCAUGACCCCAGCUUCAGCUCUGCUGUUAAUGUUUCUGAUGGUUCCUUUUCAUGGGAAAAAGAUGGCGAGCCCCAACUUAAAAAUGUGAGUUUGGACAUCCAGCCAGGUCGGCUGGUCGCAGUUGUGGGAGCUGUCGGCUCGGGCAAGUCCUCUCUGGUGUCGGCCAUUUUGGGAGAAAUGCAUAGCACCAAAGGCUUCAUCAACAUUCAGGGUUCACUUGCCUUUGUACCACAGCAAGCAUGGAUCCAAAAUGCCACCCUGAGGGAUAACAUAUUGUUUGGCUCUCCCCUCGAGGAGAAGCGAUAUCAGGAGGUGAUCCAGGCCUGUGCCCUUGGUCCAGAUCUAGAGCUUCUCCCUGGCGGUGACAUGACUGAGAUUGGGGAGAAAGGCAUCAACCUCUCAGGGGGUCAGAAGCAACGUGUGAGCUUGGCCAGAGCGGCGUACAGUCAGGCAGAUAUUUAUCUGCUGGAUGACCCCUUGUCUGCUGUGGACUCUCAUGUGGGGAAGCAUCUUUUUGAAAAAGUGAUCGGACCUAAUGGAAUACUUAAAAAAAAGACACGUAUUCUAGUGACUCAUGGAGUGAGCUUCCUGCCUCAUCUGGAUGAAAUUGUAGUCCUGGUUGACGGAGUGGUUUCUGAGGUUGGAUCCUACAACAGCCUCCGUGCUAGCAAAGGCGCCUUUUCCGAAUUUUUGGACACGUAUGCCAAAGAGCACAAUAAUAAUAAAAAUUCCACCAAGUCUGAGUCGGAGCCUGGCCAUGGUGUUGGAGAUGAGGACAUGGUCCCAGAGGGAGAUGAGACCCAACCAGACUCCCCAUUAGAAGACACUGUAACGACGACUCUGAAGAGGGGAAACAGCAUCCGCCGUAGCCAGCGCAACAGCAGUUUUAGAGCGGGAAGAAACAACUCUUCACGGAAAUCUCAAAAUGAGGAAGAAAUAAAGAAAGGCCAACGGCUAAUCGAGAAGGAAGCUAUGGAGACAGGACAUGUGAAAAUUUCAGUCUACCUCGAGUACCUGAGGUCCAUGGGCUGGGGAUAUACUACCACAAUUUUCCUAGUGUACUUCAUCCAGAACAUUGCAUUCAUUGGCCAGAAUAUCUGGCUCAGUGACUGGACUAAUGAUGCGGUGGAGUACUACAACAUGACAUACCCUGCAGAAAAGAGAGACACCAGGGUGGGGGUGUUUGGCGCUCUGGGAGUGGCUCAGGGCCUCUUAAUAUUCCUCGGGACUCUGUUACUGGCCAAUGCCGCCAUUGAAGCCUCUCGAAUCCUGCAUUCAAGACUGCUGGAAAACAUACUUCGUGCGCCAAUGGUCUUCUUUGACACCACGCCGAUUGGUAGGGUGGUCAACCGCUUUGCAAAGGAUAUAUUUACAAUCGAUGAAGCCAUCCCACAGUCCGUCCGCGCUUGGAUGCUGUGUCUGUUGGGGGUACUGGGGACCCUUUUCGUCAUCUGUCUGGCCACUCCCUUCUUCACUGUUGUCAUCAUUCCCUUGGCUUUGGUUUACUUCUUUGUCCAGCGCUUCUACGUCGCGACAUCAAGGCAGCUUCGUCGGCUGGACUCAGUGUCUCGUUCUCCCAUUUACUCCCACUUUGGCGAGACCGUGUCAGGCCUCUCUGUGAUAAGAGCUUACGGCCAUCAAGAAAGGUUCCUCCAGCACAAUGAAGCCACCAUGGAUGAAAACCUGAAGACCGUCUACCCGUGGAUUGUAUCGAACAGAUGGCUGGCAGUUCGUUUGGAAUUUGUCGGGAAUCUGGUGGUGUUUUUUGCUGCUUUGCUUGCAGUUAUUUCCAGAGAUACUCUAGACAGCGGCCUGGUUGGACUCUCCAUAUCCUACGCCCUGAAUGUAACGCAAACCCUGAACUGGCUUGUUCGGAUGACGUCGGAGCUAGAGACCAAUAUUGUCGCCGUGGAGAGAGUGAGUGAAUACAGCGUCCUUGAAAAUGAGGCCAAGUGGGUGACUGAUACUCGGCCAGCAGACAAGUGGCCUGAUGCAGGAAGACUGCAGUUUGAAAACUACAAGGUCCGUUAUCGACCCGGUUUGGAUCUGGUGCUGCAUGGCAUCUCCUGUGAUAUUGGCUCCGCUGAGAAGAUUGGUAUUGUGGGACGCACGGGAGCUGGGAAAUCCAGCUUGACCAACUGUUUGUUCCGAAUCAUUGAAGCUGCUGAGGGUCGAAUCCUCAUAGAUGGUGUUGAUAUUUCUAAAAUAGGUCUACAUGACUUAAGAAACAACCUCACUAUCAUACCACAGGAUCCAGUAUUGUUCUCUGGAACCUUGAGGAUGAACUUGGAUCCCUUUGACAGAUCCACUGAUGAGGACCUCUGGAAAGUACUAGAGCUUUCCCAUCUUAAGGAAUAUGUGGCCGGGCUGCAGGAGGGAUUGCAUCAUGAGGUUGCAGAAGGAGGAGAGAACCUUAGUGUUGGACAGAGGCAGCUGCUGUGUCUGGCCCGGGCGCUGCUCAGGAAGUCCCGCAUAUUAAUCCUGGAUGAGGCUACAGCAGCUGUGGACCUGGAGACAGACAACCUGAUCCAAACAACCAUCAGGAAAGAGUUUGCGCACUGCACCGUUCUCACCAUCGCCCACCGCCUGAACAGCAUCAUGGAUAGCUCGAGAGUGAUGGUGCUCGAUGCUGGCAGGAUAGUGGAGUUUGAUUCGCCAAAUAAUCUAUUUGAAAAACAAGGUCAUUUCUAUGCCAUGGCAAAGGAUUCUGGGAUAACACAAGAAGAGAUUACAAGUCUAUGAUUUUAAUUUUUUCUUUUUUUUAUCAAGGUGUUGCUUAAAUUUCUUUUGUAGUUUGAUUUUGAAAGGUUGCCAUGUGAAUUGACAAAUGUUUUUGUAUUUAUCGUAAACACAAUCGGACGUGUAGAUUAUGUUGUAUAUAUACAGGCAAAUAUGAAUAAAUGUUUUUCUCAGAACCUGCA